AUGGCGAUUUCUCUCGUAAUCGAUCCUUCCAUAGCUCCUUGCUUCUCCUUCUCUUCUAUUUCUUCUCCAUCUUCAUCCUCAACUCCCACCAGAAAAUCAAGAACCUUACCCUUACGAUACCUCAAUUUUCAUGGCAGACCUUCUUCAUCUCCAUUCAAUUCGAAACCCAAACGAGGAUUCCCAUUCUUCUAUCUAUCGCCACUAAUCAUGAAUAGUCGCAGGAGCUACAUAGCAUCUCUCUCUGCUCACCAAGCUUCACCUAUUAAUAGUGAAGAAGCGAAUUCAAGGCACCCAACAGAUGCGAAAAGCCUAAUCAGAGCUUAUAAACAAGCUCUCUUCAAUGGAGACGAAAUCGCCGUAUCGGAAAUCCAAACGAUUUUUCGCGGAAUCGAGAAGGAAAGGAACAUAUUGGACCACAAGGUUUUAUCAUUAUCGAUGAAGAUAGCUUCGGAGCAGGAGACGAAGAUUCGGUUGCAGGCUGAUUUCGAUAACACAAGGAAAAAGCUUGAAAAGGAUCGCCUUAGUACAGAGUCAAACGCAAAAGUGCAGAUCAUGAAGAGCCUCUUACCACUCGUUGAUAGUUUCGAGAGAGCGAGGCAACAGAUUAAACCCGAUACGGAAAUGGAGAAAAAGAUCGAUACGAGUUAUCAGGGAAUUUACAGGCAAUUCGUUGAGGUGUUGAGACAUCUUCGUCUUAAAGCCAUUGCGACUGUGGGCAAGCCCUUUGAUCCCUUGAUGCACGAGGCUAUUUCGCGAGAAGAAUCUAAGGCGGUUAAAGCAGGGAUAAUAACCGAAGAGCUUAACCGGGGAUUUCUUCUAGGAGAUCGUGUUCUGAGACCAGCUAAGGUUAGAGUCUCUCUAGGAGCCAUCAAGAAGAAGACUCCUUCAGCUUCUGAGGAGACUACACCUUCUCCUUGA